CUUGAAGGAAGAAGGUAUUCAGGAGAGUGGUAGUAUUGCUAUUACAUAGAAGUAUCAUACAUUCACGAAGAACAGAGAGAGAAAGAGAGCGACAAUGUCUGGUGUGUGGGUUUUCGACAAGAACGGUGUGACGAGGCUGAUAACAAACCCUACAAAGGAAUCGUUCGAGCAGAAAGAUCCCAAACAUCCUGGUACAGCCACCGCGCCAGGUGCCAGACCAAGAGUCUUGGUCUAUCUCCCAAGCAACCAGGUCAUUCGUUCCUACACGGAACUUGAGCAGCGACUCACCGAACUCGGAUGGACUCGCUACCGUGACUCAGACUGCUCCUCCGACCUCAUCCAGUUCCACCGCUCUGACACCUCUUCACAUCUCAUAUCCCUCCCCAGAAGCUUCUCUAACUUUAAGCAUUUCCAUUUGUACGACAUCGUCGUUAAAAAUCGCGCUUUCUUUCAGGUUCGUGACCCCACUACGCUAUACCAAGCCUAGACAACAGAUGUGAAUCUAAAAUUUCAUGCAAACCGCUUAUAUUUUCUACCAUCAAAUCUUACCUUCUCCCAUUUAGCUUCAAAAAUGUCCUUAUCAGUCCCUACCACCCUACCCUAACAUGCAUUUUCAUAUCCCACCCUCAUCUUUGUUUUUCACUUUGUCUCUUCUACAUGUAUUUGCUGUUUCCUUUGUUCAAGGUUGUUGUAGUAGCGAAUUGAAUUCAGGCUUGUAAUGGUUGGACUUGCACGUGAUAAAGAUAUCUUUUC